AUGGCAAACGCUCUUAUGCACACGCGUGACGAUUAUUCUGAUAUGGUUAUGACGACCUUAUCGGACGACUGUGAAAUUAUUUGUACAAGUCUUUUGACUACGACAGCUAGUAUGACAAACGUCACCACAGCAUGCAGGGUGCAGAUAAACACACUCGGCGAACACGUGUCAACCCAAAACCAAAAUAAUCUACUUGAUGAGCAAUCUUCGAAACAUCCGACUCCAAAACACGGGUCAUUUCAAGUUCUUCUUAAAAUAACGGAUUACAUUUAA